AUGGGUAUAACCGAUGUGCGCCUAACAAACGAUGCGCAAUUGGUCAUACGAAAAAUAAGGUUAGAAUACAAUGUUUAUGAUGAGACCUUGUCAGCAUACAUGGCUCUGGUCCAAACUCUGGCAUCCCAAAUACCAAGCAUUAGGUUCCGACACUUAUGUAGAAAGGAACUUAUACACUCCGAUGCCUUAGCCUACGUAUCUUCCAUUUUAAAGAACGAAAACGUCAAGGCAAUCAAAAUAACUAGAGUGUACGAACCCUCAGUCAUUUCCCAGGAAUUCUGCGUUGCAAAUCGAGAAGACAGUGUUAGGAAAGGCAUCACUGACGAUGAUAUAGGGGAAGACAUCACCGACGACUUUCAGGAGGAUGAUAUCAUGACGAUAGCUAACGAAGACGAAGACUUCAGUAAUGAAGAAGAUUGGAGAUCUGAAAUUCAUCUCUUUCUCAAAGAAGAAACGCUGCCUACGGACCUAAAGCAGGCUCGGAAAAUACAAUCAAAAGCAGGGAGGUACGACCUAAGAGACGAAAUUUUGUACAAAAAAUCCUUUCUCAGGCCUUUGUUACGCUGCUUAUCAAGAGAAGAAGGGCAUCGGGUUUUGAAGGACAUACAAUAUGGGGACGCAGGUAACCAUAGCGGAAUGAGAUCCCUGGAAGACAAGGCAAAAACUCAGGGGUAUUACUGGACAACGAUGAUACAAGAUGCAUCGAGAAUGUCAAGAAGAUGCGAAGAAUGCCAGCGCUUUGCCAAGAGGAUCCACGCACCUGCAACAAAGCUGAACUCUGUGGAUAGUCCUUGGCCUUUCUCAAAGUGGGGCAUAGAUAUCGUGGGUCCCCUGAUCGAAGGGUCAGGAAAAAGACGGUUUGGCAUCCCAGCUGAGAUUGUCUCCGACAAUGGAAAGCAGUUACAAGGUAAAAACAUCGACAUGCUUUUCGAUACCUUCAAAAUCAUAAAGAACAAGUAA